GGCCCGGAUUAAAGAUGGCGGCCGCGCCCUUAGAAAAAAUGGCGGCCACUGAGAAGCGGCGUACGUCUCCGGCUGCGGCGGGAGGCGACCCAAGCCGGCCGGCGGUUGCAGCAAAUGGGGUCCCUGGCGGGCACAGCGCGGCCUGUUUCCUCCUAGAAGCCGGCGUCACUGACAUGGUUCGCGCGGCCUUCUUGAAGGUGCUCGAAGCAAGGCCGGAGGAGCCGGUGCCUUUCCUCGCGGCCUACUUCGAGAAGCUGGCCCAGAGCAGCGCCGAGGCGGACGAGGCCGACGCCGGAGACCUUCCCCGACAGCUCCAGCUUCGUCUCGACCGCGCCACCUGGGCCUUGGGCCUGGCCCACCACUCCCACAGAACGGCCUUCGACAACAAUGUGGGCAUGGCUUACGACUGCCUGGGCACCGCCGGCAAGCGCAAGAAGCCUGGCGUGAAUGGGAAGGUGUACAGUGAGCUGCUGCGACGCUUGUGCCGCGAGAUGGGCCUCCCAGAGGAGGUGGCACAGUCUUUGCUGAGGAAGCUCCUGUGCCGGGAGCACGAGGCUGUGUCCUUCGACCUCUUCCGCUACGGGGCCCUCACCUGUCUUGUCCUCCUCGAGUUCGUGGCCAAAGCGGACACCUUAUACGACGCCCUGGGUGGCUCUGGCGGUGCAGACAAACGGGUCUGUGCGGCUGUCCUCGGUGCCUUGGAGGAGGCCUUGCGUCCCAGCACUGCUGCCCUUCCCGUCCGAUACUUGGAGGCAGGCUGCACACUGGGCCCGGACCGCUUGGCACUUGCCAUGGACACAGCUUUGGCGGAGAGGAAAGGUGGCGGAAUGGCCAUGAAGAAGGAGGAGUUCCUUCGCAGGGCUGCAUCCGUCUUCCUCUCCAAAGUGAAAACCGUGAAUUGAGCACAUGGUUCGGACAUUUCAUUGGGGGGGGGGGGUAAGGAUUUGGAUGGGCGAAUGGGCUUAUAUAAUGUGUGCCUUCGCUCAAGCUCUUCCAGCCGGACUGAGUCGAGUGGCCUGCUUGGGCCAAACUGUAUUGUUGAGCAGAAAAAUGAUGGCAAGAUUUAAAUUAGGAUGAUUUAUACUGCAAACGUGUUUGUGUUGUCUUAAGCAUGGUUUCUUUGCCAAAAUUGGGGUGCGCAUUAGAUUUGCAUCAUUCAGCAAUCUUAGUGCUGAGCCAAAGCAAAAGGGGAAGCUGCUUCAAAAAAUUCUGGAGCUCCUCUUUGAGGGACUUCAUUUCUAAUUUAAUUGCCAUGACUUAACACUAUGCCAUCCUGGGAUUUGUAGUUUGGUGAGGCAUCAGCAUCCUUUUGCAGAGAAGCUCACAACCUUGUCAAAUGACAGCCUCCAUGAUUCCAUAGCAUCGAGCCAAGGCAGUUAAAGGGCAUUCAUUCUACAGCACAGGUGCAUCCCAAGAUUUCUUUUCUAUCACCGGAAGCAACGACAGCCCUUUGAGGCCACAUCCUCAAGGACAUUUAAGAAGCAAACUAAUAGGAAUAUCCAGGCAUUUUGUCCAGUGCUGAGUAGGACCUGGAAGAAAAGCAUUAUAUUGCAAAUAGCUCUCAUUUAGGAUUUCAGACAGUGGAAUCUCUUAAAAGUGCAGGUUAACAGAUGCUUCCUGCCAUUGCAUCUUAAAUAGACAUGUUGAUACCAGAGGCAGAAAUAACACGGAAAUGAUAGGAAGUUUCUAUACCCAAUAAUGUUUUCAACACAAACCCUCAUUGGAUGCAUGAAAUGUUUGGCAGAGUGCAUUUGAUAUCUUUGUAUUGUGUAUGUACGUGGGUGUAUAUGUGCCUUCACUAUUUAUAAAGAUAUAUCUCAAUUAACAAAA